GUGGCCAGUGAGAGAUUGGCCCUGGGGUGGUCCCACACCGUUUGCCUGCCACCACCUUUCACCGCCGCCGCCGGCGAUGGGGAAGAGGAAGAGGAAGAAGGGCAGAGCCACCACGGGAACCCGCGAGAACCCCGACCUCGCCCCACAUUCCCAGCCCACCACCUCCACGCCCGAGCGCAAGCGCCGGCAACCGCGAGAUCCCGCCCCGGGCGCCGGCUCCGACUCCGAGCCGGACCCCUCGCCACCGUCCUCGCCGGGCUCCGUGCGGCGCCUGAUCGAGCCCUACUCGAGACCCCGCCUCCUCGCCAUCCUGGCGCAGGCGGCCGCGGCCGACCCCGCGCUGCGCGCCCGCCUCGGCGCCGCCGCCGACGCGUCGCCCUCCCACCGCCGGCUCUUCGUCCACGGCCUGCCCCCGCGCGCCGACCCCGCCACGCUCGCGGAGGCGUUCUCCCGCUUCGGGCCACUCGCCGACUGCCACGCCGUCGCGGACCGCGCCACGGGCCGGUGCCGAGGGUACGGCUUCGUGUCCUUCGCCUCCCGCGCCGCCGCCCGCCGCGCGCUCCGGAACGCCCCGCGCGUCGUCGUCGCUGGCUGCCCCGUCUCCGCCCAGUUCGCCUCGGCCGGCCCCGGCCCGUCCGGCGGCGGCGCCGGGCGGCGGGUGUACGUGACCAACGUCGCGCCGGACGCCAGCGCGGAGCGGCUGCGCGCGUUCUUCGCGCGGUUCGGGGAGCUCGACGGCGGGCCGUUCGGGUUCGACGCCGACACCGGGAGCUCCCGCGGGUACGCGCUGUUCGUGUACCGGGCGGCGGCCGGCGCCGCCAAGGCGGUGGAGGAGCCGUACCGCGUGUUCGAGGGGCGCACGCUGCGCUGCCAGCUCGCCAAUGAGCCCGCGCGGAAGGCCAAGGCACCCCCGGCGCCGCCACCGCCGGCGCCGGCGCUGCAGCCGGUGCUUGAUGCCAUCGCGGCCACCGGCGUGGGGGACCUUGCGAAGUACGCGCGGGACCCGGUGCAGGCUGCCGUAUUGCUCGGGCAGAACCCGGCUCUUGCAGCUGCGGCACUGAGCUCGGCAUUGGCGGCUGCAGCGGCAGCUUCAUGGAAUCCAGCGGCACCUGCUGCCGCCCCAAGUCCGGCUGCUGCUUCUGCACCGAUGCCAGUAGCUGUGGCCACAGGAAGACUGGCAGUGGCAGCGGCAGUAGAGCCAUUGCCGGUGAAAUUUGGUGUUGGGUCAAGUGGCGGCGCAGGGCUGCUUGGGCCAUACAUGCCGCCAUUGUCGCCAGUGGUGUCAUCAUCCCCGGGGAGGAAGGGGGCAAUGCUGGGACAGUCAUGAUGUUGAUUUGCAGAGGUGGACAGUUGGACAAAGCAAAUCCCUGUGGCUUCUGUUUUCAAAGCUCUGCCUCCUCUGGGAUACGGAUGCAAAUCUAGCUGUGGUGAUCCUCCCUUCACUGCAUAUAAUUUUGUUGUAUAUAGUGUUUCAUGUUUCACGUUAUUGUACUUCGGAAAUUCUGCCUUCAUGUUUCUGAGCAGAGUAGCUUUUAGUACCUAUGUUAUUCACAAAUCUAACUUGUACUAUCCGGUUUAACAUCCUUGUUCCAUCAUCUGAACUUGAUAUACCUUA